AUGGGACUACCGGCGAUGAGACCCCUCCUGCUAGCGGGCGGCAAGUCGACCCGGAUGGGCACACCCAAACACCUCCUCCGGAUGCCCGACGGAACACCCCUGUACCGGCGGCAGCUGCAACUGCUACGCACCAUCUUCCCGGAGCCGCAGACGAUCUUCAUCUCGCUGGCGCAGGAGUCCGAGACAGACGAAUUCCUCGACGAGCUGCUGGCGCAGGCCGCCAACCAGUCUGCCGAAGUGGAGGACUGCAAGACACCACCGCCGAGGAUCCAUAUCCUGCGCGACUAUCACCCCGCAAACCCGGAUGCAAAGCAUGCUACUGCCGGCGGCAGUGGCCCCGCCGCUGGACUCCUGGCAGCGUACCGCUACGACGCGUGGGCGUACUGGGCAGUGUUGGCGUGCGAUUACCCUCUGAUCCCCGCAGAAGCCUUCUUCCACCUGUUCGUCAAGCGCGACGCCGUGCCCGUGACGUGUUUCCGCACCGCCGAAGGGGUAUGCGAGCCGCUGCUGGCGAUUUGGGCGCCGCCUGCGCUGUCGCGUUUGGCGGAGCGGGUUGCGCGGGGGCAUCCGCGGCCCGAGGAGACGGCGAGGGAGCUUGACGGGUUGAUGGUUGCUGCGCCGGCUGGGUGUGAGUGGUGGUUGACGAAUGUGAAUACCAUGGAGGAGUGGGUGAAGGCUGUGGAGGAGAUGAAGUUGGGGCCGCCUGGGAGGGGGGAGAUUGCGCCGGAGGGUAUUGUUGCGGAUGUUGUGUAA